UGUGUCCGGUAUUGCUUACAGCCACCAGCACAGUGCACAACCUCAAGAAACUACACCAACAAACCGGACCAAGCUAGAAAGAAUAAUAUGGCGUCCAAGUCUAGCAUCACCCACCUCCUCUUGGCCGCCGUCCUGGUCUCCGUCUUCGCCGCCGCCGCAGCCACAGGCCCGUAUUGCUACCCGGGGAUGGGUCUUCCGAGCAACCCGCUUGAAGGCUGCCGGGAGUAUGUCGCACAGCAAACUUGUGGCGUCGGCAUCGUCGGGUCGCCGGUAUCCACCGAGCCGGGGAACACCCCGAGGGAUCGGUGCUGCAAGGAGCUUUACGACGCCUCGCAGCAUUGCCGGUGCGAGGCGGUGCGCUACUUCAUAGGGCGGACGUCUGAUCCCAAUUCCGGCGUGCUCAAGGACCUUCCCGGAUGCCCCAGGGAGCCCCAGAGGGACUUCGCCAAGGUGCUCGUUACGCCGGGGCACUGCAACGUGAUGACCGUUCACAACACCCCAUACUGCCUCGGUUUGGACAUAUAAAGAUGGAUAGAUCCGUCUCUCAUGAAUGAAUAAGCAUGUUCCAUCCAUGGAUGUGUGGCAUGCAUAUAUAUAUGAACAAGAAUAAAGGGAAUCAUUUUGUGAUUCUUAAAUUUCAACUCAA